AUGCCUGUAUGUUUUAGUACCUUUAAAAUAUGUGGUUAUAAUGAGAAAUAUAAUACGAUAUUGUAUAGGGAACCUAUUUUAACAAGUAAAGAGUAUAUAAAAAAAUAUGUGAUAUUUUUUCCUGGUGAUUAUUCUUAUUUUUUUAGUAAUUCAGUAUAUACAUUAUUUAAAACAGAGUCAACAUGUGAAUGUACAAAUUAUUGUUAUAGUUAUGAAGCAUUAUUUUGGAUACUAUCACAAAGGUAUUUAUAUGAUUAUAUUUUGUUUAUUAUUCCUAGUAAUUUUUCAAAUUAUUUUGCGACAUAUUCUAAUUUUUUAAAUCCUUGUGAUAUACCUUUAGAUAAUAAUAUAUAUGAACAGAAUAAGGAGAAGGGAAAGAAUUAUGAUUCAUUAAAUAUGGAAAAUAAAAUAAAUAAUAAAAAUGUCUCUUUUAUUAAAAAUGAAUACAUUAAUAGUAAUAUAAAAGCAAAAAGUAUAAAACACUUAUUGUGUUUAUUACUAUCAUUAAAUAAUGAGGUUUUAAAAAAUGAUAUACUAAAUGAAAAAAAUUUCGAUAAAAUAAGCAAUAAUCAUAAUAAUAAUAAUAAUAAUUAUAUUUGUUGUGAUAAGCCAUUGACAAAUUAUUUAGGUGACGAAUUGAAGACGGAAAAAAAUAUAUAUUCGAAAGAAAAGAAGAAUAAUAUAUUUAUUAAAAAUAUAAUAAAAAACAAAUUAGUAUUAAUAGGAUUUAGUAAAGGAUGUAGUGUAUUAUUUUCUUUAUUACGAGAAUCAUAUGAAGGACCAUUUUUUUGGUCUUAUGUUGAUUCUAUCAUAUUCUUAGAUCCAGGAUUUAAUAAAAAUAUAUAUAACAUAAAUAUAGAAAAAAAAGCAUUAGAAAAAUUAUCACAACAUAAAUUGAAAAUUAGUGUUCAUUGUACACCUAAUCAAAUAAUGGAUAAUAAAAGUAUGAAUAUUCAUGAGGAAUACAUAAAUUUUGUUAAAAUGUUAAAAGAUAUUAAUAUAUAUAUUAGUACAUAUAUAUAUUAUAUAAAUGUAUCUAAAGGAUUGAACCCCUUAACGUUACAUUAUGAAAUCUUAAUUGAUUAUUCUGAAGAAUGUUCUAACAUCUGUGAGGAGGAAAGUACACCUUUAAUAGUAAAUGGGGUUCAUGUGACUGAAAUACAAUAUUAUAAAAGGGAAAAGUCUUUGAAAGAUUUUUUCUUUGAUAACUGGAAAAAAAAUUCAUGGGUGAUAGACACAAUGUUAUAA